ACAGUUCGGACGUUUCAAGUAAAAUACCUAAUGUUAAAUUCACGGAGUAAUACAUUCAAAAUAUUUUGAUUUUCCGACUGCGUUAAAAAAAUUGAUUAGAUAAAAAAAUAAGUCAUCACUUUUUCGUAUCUUUAAGAAACACACACCGCGCGCCGUUGUGCUCUUAAGAAGCGCAUAGAACUCUGUGAUAUCUAAUUUAGUGUAAAUCAUGUUUUUAUUUUCGCAACGGUUGUCUAUGUUAUCAUUUGACCGAUUAUUAUUUUUAAAUUAUCAAUUUUUUGUUAUCGGAAUUCUUUCACUUCUGUUUUGUCUUGGCAUGCGUUUCGUUAGUGCAGAACCAUUAGAAAUACCGAUCUGCUGUCCCGUCGGCUAUGUUUUGGUUGACAUAAACCAAGGAAUAUUUCGAUCCGAGAAAUACGAAUGUAUGCCUGCGAAAAACGCAUCCCACAUUGAUUUCCGAUGGGAAUUUUUCGAAUCCGAGAUAAUUCAUGGCUUCCGAAUAAAAACGGUUAACAAAUCAAGUGUGCCUCAGUGUGAUAAUCAAAUUCUCGUCAAGUUCUCCGAAGAGGUUAACCUCCAGCCAAGAAGUUGUUUAGUUAAAUUAUACGGAGCCAUGUAUGCCAUUUCAUGUCCCUAUAAAGAUGACAAAUUCAUCUAUAAAGUGAGUGUGAUGAGGAAGUGCUGUCCUGUCGACUAUAUUUAUGAAUCUGCAUUGAAACGAUGCAUCAAAAAGAAUAUCCCCCUCAAUUACUACGAAAUCUUCUUCGAUCAUCCCGUAGUUUUGAAUGACAAUCAAUUACAGUGUAAAUCGAGUCAAGCUAUUGUCGAAUAUAAUCUUCGUUAUAAUGAUUUUAAAUUCUAUAAUGGUUAUCUUUUGAUUAAGUUGCUAAAUCAAAGAUUCGAUAUUGAUGAAUUUUGUGUGGAAGGUGUUGUGGAUAGUAGUGAAGUGGCACAGAAGACAAGUGUUGCGAGUUUUCGAAAUUCAUUGAGAUUUCUGGUACGGGUUUGUGAUCGAGAAUCGAUUUGUGAUCGAAUACCUUGUAUUCGAAAAUGCUGUGAAGACGGUCAGAUUCUGACGAAAGUAAACAGAACGACGAUGUGUAAACGAGAUUCAACUGACGUUAGUUAUCACAGCUUUGAAAGUUUCGAUUUAAGUGGGCAUUUUGAUAAGCCAUCGGUCUUUGGAGUUGUUCGUGGCUUGGAAUGCAAAAAAUUCCGACUAGAAGCAGAUCCCGAUAACACUGAAGACAUCCACAGUAUAAGCGAUGAUGACGGCUCGAUUUACAUCCCCUUUCUCAAAAUGAGACUUAAAAACACCAAUUAUUGUGUUGAGAAAAUUCGCAAUGCAUCUUCAGGACCUCAAAAGUUAUUUACUUUUGUCUGCUUCGAAGAUAUAGGAAAGGACAAUCUAAAAUUUAGUUUAUAUUCAGUUGGUUGUCUGAUAUCGUGCUUUUUCUAUGCCAUAACAUUAAUAGUCUAUCUGUCUAUAUCGAAGUUGAGGAAUUUACCAGGAAAAAUUUUGAUAUGCUUGGUGAUAUGUCUUUUUGUUGCAUAUCUGGGAAUAGCUGCAACACAGAUAAGACAACCCGAUGAUAAUAUAUGCUUUGCUUCCGCAUUUUGUAUAUAUUUUAGCUUAAUGGCAGCCUUCGCAUGGACGAAUGUUAUGUGCUUUGAUAUUUGGCAGACAUUUGGAAGUUCUCAACGUUCCAAUGGAAUGAAUCAGAAGCACAAUAAGAAGUUCAUAUUUUACUCCUUGUACGGAUGGGGGUUGCCAAGUCUAGCAACCACAAUAACUAUUUGUUUGACUAAAUUUGACAUUCUCAGUGAACAUCUGCGGCCAAAAUUUGGAAAAGGACGUUGUUGGUUUGAACAUACACUAGCAAAAUCACAACUAAUAUUUUUCUCCUGCCCCAUUGGAGUUCUAUUUAUGGUGAACUUAGUACUUUUCACCUUAACACUGCGCUAUUGUAAUAAAGUUAAGCGUGAAAUAUUUCGCAUGCAAAGUUCUAAUACCGAAAAACCCGUUCUACGCAAGCGUUUCUUUAUGGAUCGAGCUCGUUUUGUAAUGAAUACAAAACUCUUCAUGGUUAUGGGAAUAACUUGGUUUUUGGAAUUCGUCAGUAUAAUAUUUUAUGAUCGUCGGAAAACAUUUUUCUGGUAUCUAAGUGAUUCGGUUAAUGUUUUGCUUGGAGUUAUAGUUUUUUUCAUUUUUGUCUUCAAAAAGAGAGUAUGGCUGACGAUUUUAAUAAAAUUAGGUUUUGCCAGCAGAGACUCUCUUAAGAGCAACCCUGCAACGACUUAUUCCACCUGUGGUACACCGAACUUAAAUAUGAAUCGAAUGCGAGGCGCUGAAAGUCAUUCAUCACUUUUAAGUCCAGCUUCGGCAGCUAUGCGGAGACCUUCUUAAAUUUAAUAAUAAUUUAUCAAAUUAUUUUUUAAUACAUGUACUUUAAUAUUUAAAAAUAGUUUUUAAAAAAUAAAUUCUUGUUAAUGUAUUUUAUUGAAUUUAAGCAGCUUUCGUAUGAAUGUAUUUAGUUUUAAGUUUUUUUGCAGGCUCAUUAUUUCUAUACACAUUGUAAAAGUGUUUCAAAAUCUCAUUAAAAACUUGCUUAAAUUAUAAAUUAAAAAAAAUAUAAAUUUUAUUUUCACGAUUUACUUCGAAUAGUAAGGUUUUGAAAAUGUGAACUGAUGGAAUUAUUUUUUUUGGGAAAGUAAUGAAAUUUGUACCAAAAAUGCAGUCAAAUCACUUCGAACAAUUUUUUUUUCACUUUCUAUUUUGUAGGGACUAGUUUGUUUUAUUUUGAAAAAAGUAGAAGAUAGUAGUAAAUACAAAAUGUAUAUAAAAACAAUACAUAUAUAUAAAUUAAAGCUAUAUAAUAAAUUGGAUCCAAAUUAUACAUAAUUAUUCAUAAAAAGAAUAAAACUUAAAAACAUAA